UCUAUGUUUUUCAGGGUACUGCUAAGUCUUGCCAGGCUGCUCCUCUCUCCUUCCCCACCUCACCCCAAAUGCUUCCAUUUUUGGCUAAAAAAAAUCUCAAGUUUGAGAAUUUUCUAACCACCAAUGUCAGCCAAAACCCAGGCCCUUUCCUCUGAUUUUUCCACUUAAUUUUUAAAGUAUCUUCUGGCAAUUCAAAAAUAUUGUUUAGAUGGAAAAUUUUCAACCAGCUCUGCUCACUAGUUUCUGCCAACAGUCAUACAGGCAAAACAGUGCAUCUUCCAAGAGAGGAGACUGUCCGAGAGGGCCGAACAUGAGGCAGGCAGUGACUAAUGCUUCUCUCCCCAGCCACGUGCCCCAGCCAGCGCUGUGCUCUUUUGCAGGCUGCAGCCCUUGGUGAGACCCAUCUUUCCAGAGAUGUUUCUGGUCUAAAUUUCUCUUGGCAAGUCAACUUCAUAAUUCAGGUAUUUUGCCCAGUUGAAGGGAGGUGUGGGUGGCACAGUAGGAUCACCAAGAGACCACAAGACUUGGAAGAGAAAAAUCCUGCACUUCUUACCCAUGUUAACUAAUACUUGGACUCCUGCAGGCAAGUACCAGCUGGCAGGGAGAGGUGGGGAGAUGGGGCCUAGUCCAGCUCACUAUCAAAACAAACUUCCCUGUGCUAUUGUUGAACAGAGCUGUUUAGAAAUACCAGCAGCUGAGCCAUGCACAGGCAUGAGCAGUCUCCAUUGUAACCCCUGAGAAACUCUGUGGGCCAGAUUCUAAAUUGGCUGAUAGGCUGAAAUGACACCAGUCACAUCACUGCUGUGUAUCUGUUACCCAUCUGUCUCUUGGGAAGGUAUUUCUCACACUGAAUGUGGAGCAUGAAUUGAAGGGAAGCUCAGCUCCUCUCAGGAAGAUAUUCCUGCAGAGAUGGGCAGAACCUAAAUUUCAGUAUUUGGCUUUGGGAGCCAAAAAGGCUUCUGUGCGCUGACUACGUGGACAGUAUCCUCUGAGGACAGCCAUUCUGCAGCAGUCCUUAAUACUUGCCAAGUUCUCUGAGAUCUUCCAAUGAAGGGGUUUUUAGAUGUGGAAAAGCUUAUAGCCCUUCUCUGACCAUUGGUGAUUUUAGUGGGUUAAGUUAGGAACAGGAAAUACAGUGAGUAGAGGAAAGCCAUUAAUAUUAAAUUCCAGCCUUUGCCGGAUAGUCUUAUGUUAUCUUUGCUCUUUCAUGAAAUACUUUCCAGUUUUCCUCGCAGGGCAUUUGUUAGAGGGGUAGCAACUGAGGAGCUGUAUCUUGGCACAUCUCCACCUGCUUUUCUGUAGCAGUGCACAUUUGUGCUGUGGGAUUUUAAGAAUUUCCUUUGCCUUUAGAAUUGAUAUGCAAACAGUCAGCUGUAUAGACAUCAGUCUGACCGGUAGACAUUCUGUGUGACCCAAGAAAUAAUACAGGUGGCCAGCACCAUGCUGGUGACUCCAGAAUUUCUGGAGAAAACAGACUUGUUUUACUAUGUCUAGAAGAUGGGAGGUCCUGUAUACACCAUCCAGUAAUGUAAUCUGCUGUGCUUGACUGAUCACAAAACACCCACCAGGAUUUCCCUAACAGCACCCUUGAUUAUUGCCAAGGAAAGCAAAGGUUUGUAAGGAAUGUGAGUCCUGACCUUGCCACCUCAAAAAUAGCUAGGAGAUCUCAAGAUGCUCAUUUCAACAGCCGAACAUACGUCCCCUUUGUGCUAUACCAAGUCUGCCAGGUUGAUAGGAACCAGAACCUUCCAUCUCCAGCCUGCACAGUGAUCUAAGUAACCUUUCAUGCCAGAGCAAACACAGAGAGCCCUGUGCAGUCAGCAUACAGUUCUGCCAGCAUCCUUUUCUUCAACUCCUCAAAUAGCCAUUGACUCUGCUGUGCUAAAAGCAGCUGGGAUACGCUUUCUGUAAAAGGGGCCAUCUUAAUUUUCCUGUCUGCCAUGUUGCUGUAAGUCACACUAUGCAUUUGUACCGCCAUGUGAUAGUAUGGGUUGAGAGAUAUUAAGACAGGAGAGAUGAGGGUUUCCAGCUGCGUAACUCUGUUCGUGCCACCUCUCCCACUAGUGUCCCCACCAGGGCCAAAAGCUGUAUGAUUGAGCUCUUCUGCACCUUGUAGACAGACAUUGAAACCUAAAAAAAAAAAUUCAGGCUAGAGAGUCUCAUAUCACUAAACAGCUUGUUACCCAGGGCAGUACAGUUUUCUGUUAAAAAGAAGUCUUUUAUUUCCCAUUGAUACUUGUCAGGUGGCAAGGAGAACCAUUCUCCUGUCCCAGAAGGCCCUAGCUGCAGACACUGCCUUGGAAGUGAAGCUUGCUCUCAUGGCUACGGCAAAGGAAUGGGAAGCACGAGAUCUGGCACGAAGUCCUCCUCCCACUGAAGCCAGUGGGAUGUUUGCCAUUGGCUUCAGGGGAAGCCAAGAUUUCGGUCUGCAGCCAGAUUGCUGGUGUGUUGUGCUAUGCUGUGUGCAGGAUCAGAAAAGGUUCUUGGUUUCCCGAUGAAGCUGUUACUGCCUCACCUCCUCUGCUGCAGAUAGCUGUCUCUCACCUGAUGUUGCUCCCUGCUCUUCUCCCUGUUUUGAAAUCUUAUUCUUAGGCUAGAAGCUCUUUAAGGAAGAGACUGGCUGCAUGGUUUGUGCCUGCUUGCAUUGUCCCACAGCUGGGGCUUCUGGGCAUUCCACUGCCAAAAGCAUUCCCUCCUCCGUGGAUGAUGUAUGAUGCAAGAGGAUGGCAUAAUGCAGCAAUGAAGAGCUGAAAAUAGGUGGUUUGAAUUAAGUAAAACAUGUGGGGUUUUCUCCAGGUAAAGAACUUGAAUCAGCUUUAGAAUUUUGCUCUGUGGUUCAGGAGAAUCUGAAGAGAUGGUAAAAAAGGUGCAAAGACGGGCCUUCCUGUUUCAGACUUUAACAACAUGAGUUGCUGAGAGUCUUGAUUUUAAAAGCACCUCUUUUUGUCAUGUCUCCACUCGUUCAAGGUCAGAUGGAAGUGAAAUUGUGUUAAUGAUGAGCAGUGGCAUAAGCAUCUGUGAGCUUGACGGAAAACCUUGGUGCUGUAGGGUUGGCUGUGUUAUGUAGUACGUAAUAUAGUGCUCCUCUGAUGCACUGGAAAGCCUUGUGCCAGCUCAUGCAGCCCAUGCAGUAUCUGUAUUUGAAACAUAGGCAGGGUUACUGCUCUCCUGAAGAGCAGGUAAAGGAAGUCAUCUCAGAGCAAACUGCAAUUGUUACACCAAGCAGCCCCAUUUUGGCCUAUGUAAGUCCUGCUGGUUUUAUUUGAAUGGACAUGGCAUGGUGGAGCCUCUCUAUGCCAAGGAAAAGCCACUGCAAGUAAUUCUCACUCUUUAUGUGUAUUUCUCCCUGAAGAGGAUGUCUUUUCCUAUUCGUCCUGUGGGUUUGGUCUCUACUGCCCCUUUCUGGAAAUAUCUGUAAAUGCAUCAUAUCUAUAAAAAGGCAUGAAGAUUUAUCUCCUGGACCAAGAAGCUGCCCUGGCUUUUCUCACUUCUUCAGGUGCCACAUGUUGUACAGCAUCUUCCCCUCCUGUUCAGCAGCACCUUGUGUUCUCUGGCCAUUUGGGAUGAGGUCUUGUUCCCUUGACAUUUCCACAAAGAGCAGCUGGUGUGAGCUUUCUGAACAAAGAGGGACAAAAUUGAAAGUGAGAAGGGCAUGGGAUCCUGGUAGUUUUAAAGGCCAGGGAUCAUUGCCAACAUGCACCACUCUCCCGUGUACCAUGUUGGUGAUCUCCUCAUGAGCACAACCCAGGAACCAGCUUCUCUCUGACCUUUGUGGAGGAGACCGUGGUGAAACUCCCUUCCUGAUUCUGGAUCCUGGACGUACAAAGUGUUCCUUACGAGAUGUGAUCCCUAAACCAUCACUUUGUUCCUUGUUUUCGACACAAGACCCCUCGCGGGCUGUCAGUGGCAGGAGUGCUCGUGUGUGGAACUGCCUGUGGCUGAGUUCGGAACCUGCUGAGGUGGACAUGCCCUGCAAACUGGGGAGAUCAUUCUAAGAGGUGCUGCUAUAGAAGAUGAGGCUGAACGAGAGCCGGACCAAACCCUUCCAGGCUCCUGUUUCCAUCCACAGCUACCCAGGAGGGCAAGUGUACGUGUUCCCAAAUGGCCGCUCUGACUCGGAGGAGUCGUCGGACGAGGAGCUCAACGUCAUGGAGCUGCGGCCCAGGGGCAGGGAGCGGCAGUGCAGCAAUGCACGGGGCAGAGCUGGGGAUGUGGUGCUUCUGGAGAGAGACAUCACUGAGGACGACAGUCUGAACAAGCUUGCCCUGCAGUAUGGUUGCAAAGUUGCAGACAUCAAACGCGUCAACAACUUUAUCAGGGAGCAGGACCUGUACGCUUUGAAGUCCAUCAAGAUCCCUGUGAAGACCCACGGGCUGCUGACAGAGAGCAGCAAGGAGCUGAGGCCGCUCCCGGCUGCGCGCUCGCAGAGCGGCGCGGUGCUGGUGGACGUGCCGGAGCCUGGCGCUGGCGGCAGCGGCUGCUCUGAGAGCGGGCAGCUCGUGGAUUAUUUCAAAGGCAUCGACAAGAGCAUCCAGGACGCCGUGCAGGCGGAGGCGCAGCUGAGUGCUGAGCUCUGCGUGGAGCCACCGGAGAGGCCGCUGGCCGAGCCGGGGAAGCGGGAGAGCAGUAAUGGUGCGGACUGUGGAAUCCAGUGGUGGAAUGCAGUUUUUAUUAUGCUCUUGGUAGGAAUUGUCUUGCCGGUAUUUUAUAUCAUCUAUUUUAAAACGCAAGAGAAUGGCCCGGCGCCCCACACCUCCAACACAACAGCAACCUCAAAUAUUUCGACAGAUGGAUUGGAAGGGAAAUUACUACAAGGCUCAGUUGUAGAAAAAAAUGCUAGGGGGGAGACACAGCCAAAUACAGCCUCACCUCCCAGCACGGGCGCCCAUAAGAUGGUGACUCUGACUCGAGUGCAAUCGGGGGGAUAACACUACAGAUAUUAUUUUUUUUUAAAGUAGUCAAUGUAGUUCUGAGCUUGACUGAACUGGAGAUGCGAUUUUAUGGAAGAAUAAGGAUGCUGUUGCUUGUGAAGACCAGCAGGCAACUGGCUUAACAUUUGUGAACUCUGAUGAGGGAAAGUAUUUUGAAGCAGUUUGCUCUUCUUGCUUGCUUCAGGUAUUUCUUAAGAGUGGUUUUGUCUAAGAAGCUGAACCCUUUACUUCUGUGACAGAGUGCAGUAUUGGUGUGAUUGGAAAGCUGGGGGCUGUUUGUUUUUUUUUUUAAGAAAAUACGUUUUGCUUGGAGUAGAGGUGAGGACUCAUCUUUUUCAAUGAACUGUCAUUUUUCUGUCUUGCAGAGCGUGGCAGCCUUGGCAGGCCUAACCCAAAAAGCAGUGGCUUUUAAUUGGUUGGCCGGGGUGUGGCACAGCACAGGGACACCAGCAGCACCUCACCACAUCUUGUGCACGAUGGUUAAGCAGUGGGUGGUUUGAAUCCUGCAAUGGGGUGGGUGAGGCCAGAGCUUUUGUCCUGGUGGAAGUCCUUCAGAGGCUUCCUGCCAAUGUCCGUGCAGGCAGAGCUCAUUGAGAGCCCUUGUUCUGUCAGGGUUUUGUCAGAGCUGCAGCGGGCUGGCAGCAGACGUCCACAAUAUUGGCAGGAGAUGGCGAGAACAGAGUAAGGCUUGUGGGAUGCUGUGCUCUUCUCAAGGGUUUAUUUGGUGUGGGGAAGUCUAGCUGUUACCUGCUUUUGGUUUAAAUCCACAGUGGUGCAUCUCAGAUGUCACAUCACAGUCGAGGACUUGAGUUUCCUUGUUUGUACGCUUCAAACGAGAGUGCUGCUGAGUUCACCUACAAAGACCCGCAAAGAAGCCCAACGUUGUGUCAGGUAGUCACAGAAAGGUGAAUCAGAUGCUUUCUAGAUGGGGACUGGGAAGCUGCUGUAUGCUGAACAGUCCUGUCCACUCUGAGUAAAUAGAGGGGGGUGAAUGGAGGUUUGUGUGGCUGAGCUGUAUUGUAAGCCUGAUACGUGUGCUGUGUCAGUGAACACUACAUGCUGGAAGUGAGGAGCAGUGAGGCUUUGGGAGAGAGUUUUGCUGCAGAGAAUUGUCCUCAGAACUUUUUAUUCAACAAAUUCAGGGACUGCAGACAGAGGUAAGCUCUCCUAGAGCUAAAUGCUGAGGUACUGCUGUGGCACAGUUGCAUGGAAUCCCCAGGGAGGGGAUCCAGGCUGUAACUCAGCAGCAGUCAGCUGGUUGUGUCAUGGGGAGCCUUGGGGCUGUUUGCACAGAGCUGAGCUCCUGCAGGGGAGGCAGAGCUGGUGAGCAGGCACACAGCGUGGCAGUUUGUCUUUGCCCUGCACUGCAGCCUUCCCACCAUUUACUGUGUUCCCAGCAAGCUCGAGAAGAUGCCUGCAGAAAAAAAACACAGAGUCCAUUUGUGGCAAGCUGUGGAGUCAGACCUGAGCUGCUUGCCUGCUGCAGGCCUUGCAGCAGAGGGCACUGCUGCCUGGGAGCUGUGGAGGGUCAGUCACAGCAAGGGCAGCAUUUUUAGGGACCCUGGCUGCGUUGUUGGGCUCUGAUGCUGAACCUAAUGUCUGUGCAUGAACCACGUGCAAGUUGGUUUGGGUUUGUUGGUUGUUUUUCGUGCUGUUUUUUUUGUUUGUUUGUUUGUUUUCAAAGCCUUUCUUUUGCUGCCUAAAACUGAUCAGAAGUGAAGAAGCUGGGUGAGGGGAGCAGCCUUGUGGCACCUUCUGCACAGCACAAAAGGUGUGGGGGGAAAAGAGCAUUACGCGAAGCAGAGCCCUGUGGUUACACCUGUGGUGUCACACCUGCACCGUGGGGCUCCUGCAGCCUUAAAAAGGGCUUAGGAAAGCCUGGGCAAACCUAAGGUGUGAAUGAGGAACCUAGAGUGUCUUGUAAUGGGGGAAAAAAAGGCUCGUAUUUUCUUCUGUGAAGGAAAGGUAUCCUUUGUGAUUGGGAAGAGGGGAAUCGCUACGUUUCUAAAUCAAGUGAAAUGAAAUAAAAGCACAAGGGGCACUUACCCACCCCAGACUGCG